ACAAUUUCAUAAAAAAAUGCAUCAAAAAACGAAAUUAAACAAAGAAUUCACAGAAGUAGAAAAAUUGAAAGCCAGCUAUUGAUUGCAGUGUUUGAUCUUCAAUAAAAAAGCUGAGUUUCCCUUUCAUUACUCUUUUUUUUUUUUCCUGCAACCAACUCUCUGGAUCAUACAUUGGAGUUUCCCUCUCUCCAUUUUCCUAGAGAGACAAACAGAAAGAAAUUUUGUUUCCUUGCAGCCUCUCCAGGAGGAGGCUUUGUAGAAAAUCUCCUGGAUUCAAAAUCCUAUACUCACCCAACUCAAUUCAAUCUCUCUACACUUUUUGUAUUGUAAGGUGCCCAAGUGUUUCAACUUUAGGAUGUUCAAAUUUAGAACUCACUUUUAUCUUUGCUAGCUUAGCCAGAAAUUUGAUCUCUUUUUUCUAAAUUUUUUAUUUCUUGUUACACAAGAAAAGGAAUAGAAAAGUAAAAAUGGGAGAAAACAAUUCAACACAAGAGAAGAAACCUGCAGGUUGUGGGUUGAUAACAGCAGUGUUCGGACGAAAUGGUUGGUCACGAAAACCAUCCUCAUCCUCCUCUGCAGGUUCUUCUCCUGUAACCAACCACAACAAUACCAGCGAUACAAAACGGCGUCGUAGUGGCUCAAACAACGACGCCGUUUUAGCUGGUGCUGCUGCAGCUGCUUCAUCCAACGCCGCCACAAGCGCUUCAUCUCGCUCUGUCUCCAAUGCUCCUUCUCCUCCAUCCAAUUCCAAUCCACAGAAGCCAUUAACAACACACCAAAAUCCCCAAAGGAAACAACAACAACACAGCGAAAUGCCACGUGUUGCGGCUGCAAGGGUGUCACCAGCUCAAGGCUACGUUAGCCAGGGAAGAACAGUGCCCAGAGAAGCUAUUGGAAUUUUCGGGGAGCUCGAAAGCAUGAUCAAUGAUCACCAAAAGAACCGGGGAACCGGUAACCUUGUUCGAGCCUCUUCAAGCAACGUGAUGUUGUUUGGUAAUUUAGGUAACAUUAGGCAGGGAACAAGCCAAGAUAAUAGCUACCAAAACACAAUGGAUUACAAUGUUGCCAAUGGAUCAGGAGGAUACAAUAGGAACAAUGAGACUAAACAACAACAACAACAGCAACAACAACAACAACAAAACCCGGGUUCAUUUUGCAGGGCUUUGUCUACUAGAAUGGAUCCUGAGCAAUUGAAGAUAAUGGGGAAUGAGGAUUAUAAAAAUGGAAGAUUUGAAGAGGCUUUGGCUUUGUAUGAUGCUGCUAUUGCCAUGGAUCCAAAUAAAGCUUCCUAUAGAAGCAAUAGAAGUGCUGCAUUAACUGCACUUGGUAGGAUUCUUGAGGCUGUGUUUGAAUGCAGAGAAGCUAUUCAGAUUGAGCCUCAUUACCAAAGAGCGCAUCACCGGUUGGGAAAUUUGCACCUUAGAUUAGGAGAAACAGAUAAGGCCCUUUAUCAUUAUAAACAAGCAGGAUCGGAGGCCGAUCCGGACGAGGUUGCGAAAGCGAAGGCUCUUCAGGUCCAUCUAAACAAGUGCACUGAGGCUCGCCGGCAAGGAGAUUGGAACAAAUUGAUUACCGAAACCAGCAAUGCUAUAUCAUCCGGGGCAGAUUCUGCUCCACAGAUUUUUGGUCUGCAAGCUGAAGCGCUGUUAAAGCUCCGUAGGCAUCAAGAUGCAGACAAUGUAAUGUCAAAGUGCCCCAAUUUUGGUGUUGACGAGUGUACCAAGUUCUUUGGACCUAUUGGUAAUGCAAAUUUGUUGGUGACUCGUGCACAAGUUUAUAUGGCUUCUGGCAGAUUUGAAGAUGCUAUGGAAGCAGCACAGAAAGCAGCUAGGUUGGACUCCAAUAACAGGGAUGCAAACAAGGUGUUGAGAAAGGUUCGAGGUGUCACGGCUGCUAGAGCUAGGGGAAAUGAACUUUUCAAGGCUUCAAAAUUCUCAGAGGCUUGCAUUGCCUAUGGAGAAGGCCUUGAGCACGACUCGUAUAACUCCCUUUUAUUGUGCAACCGAGCUGCUUGUAGAUCGAAACUAGGCCAAUUUGAGAAAGCUGUUGAAGAUUGCAAUGCUGCCCUUAACUUACGCCCAUCUUACAGCAAAGCCAGGUUGAGAAGAGCCGAUUGUUAUGCCAAGUUGGAAAGAUGGCAAGCUUCAGUAGAAGACUACGAAAUCUUGCUAAAAGAGACACCAGAUGAUGAGGAAGUUAACCGGGCAUUGUUGGAAGCUAGAGCACAGCUCAAGAAACAGCAAGGUUAAGACUAACAUUGGAAGUGUGGUUCAUAGAUUGAAGGGGAGAGAAUUACUCAGCUAGAAGAAGAUGAUGAUAAAAGGAACAAACAUUGGAAGUGUGACUAAAGCUCGGGUGGAGAAAAGAGCCUUUAUCUGCGCUAGGAAAGACUAACACACACACAGAUCAAGAUGAUCAUGAUCAAUUAUCCCUUGAAAAAACAAAAAGAAGAAUACUGUUAAGGGAAGAAAAUCAAAUCCACUUUAGAGAUGGAAACACAAGGCCCAAUUUGUUAACUGGCUAAAGCAAACUCACCAAGUUAUUGUAUAGUGAGACCGUGCUAUGUGUCUUUUACCUUUUCUUUUUUCGGGGAGAAACUUUAUAAUACUUUUUUUUUUUGAAGGAUUUUCAAUCGUGUACAUUAUAUUUGUUCAUUGUCAUUUGAUGUUUUAGCUAGUUCUCUUAUUUUCUUUUUCUCACCCCUUCUUUCUGUUCCUUAAUUGAGAACAAGAAGUGAGAAGAAUGCACUCCACUAAAUUAAGUUGCAUAAGGCUUUUAAUA